AAAUUCAGCUUUGCGCCGCUUUCAAGGGACUAAAACUAGAGAGAGAGAGAGAGAGAUUCAAAGGAGAGGCAAUAUUCUAGAGGCCUUCCCUAUUCAUUCUUGCUGCCGCUGCAAAGACAAAGACAGAGGCAAAGGCAAAGGCAAAGGCAAUGGCAGAAUCAGCUUGUCUAAUGCAACAAAACUGCUUCUCUCAUUCCACUGACAACAACUCCCUUCAUCACCACAGUCAACAGGUGGAUCCAGUCCCUGUAUUGGAAGGAUCCAUUACCUUUGGAAGGUUUGUGUCAGAAUCUCUAGAUUGGGGAAAAUGGUCAUCCUUCUCUCAUAACAGGCACUUGGAAGAGGUGCAGAAAUACUCCACCCCGGGUUCUGUUGCUCAGAAGAAAGCUUACUUUGAGGCCCAUUACAAGAGAAUUGCUGCUCAAAAGGCGGCAGCAUUGCUUGAGCAAGCAAAUGCUGAGGGGAAUAGUCUCUCAGAACAAGAAGAGAAUGACGGAGUUCAGAAGGGCAAUGCACCAGAUUCAGCCACUGGAGAAAUUGCUGAUAACAGCUUUGACAUUGUAGAUAAGAAGGACAAGUUGGUGGAAUCAAAUAGCAAUUCACGUGGUGAUAAACCAGAUGAAGUUGAAUCACCUGAAAUUAACACAGGGUUCUCGACUGAAGCAAAAGGGUCAGACCUGAAUGAAAGAAUGGAUGGUUUGGAAACAGCGAAGGUUGAAGAAGCAGAUCCAUUAACUGAAGAAAAGAUUAUCAUAGAGACCCCAGUGCAGAUUCAAUCCUCGCCACAACUUGUAGAUGCAAAGAAUUACAACUGCCUAUCGGAGAAGCCACCAUUAAAGGAAAGGUUUGCUGCUAAUCAGAACUUGGCCAGAACAAAAAAGAAAUCAACAGCCACUUUGAAAUCAUCAGCUCCAAGUCAGGCAUCCAAUCUUCCUCCUUCCCCAGCAAAACCCGCAACACCCAUCCGUCCCAGAAAAGAAAAUCAUGCCACUCCAAACACUAAGAAGUCUGCAAGGGACUCAAUGGAGAAAACGAGAUCAACCCCAAAAUCAUUGCACAUGUCUAUCAAUUUUGCACCAUAUCAUGCUGGUGAAACCACUCCUUCCACAACUAGGAAGCGAGCUUCUCCGAUCCACGAGAAGAUGAGGGUUUCAAAAAUAGCUUUGAGUUCUUCGAAAACAUCUCGAGACAGUUCAAGUGCUCUAAAGACGCCGACUACGGUUUCUUCAAGUAAGACACUAAAGCUUCCUCUGGUGACUCCUCAGUCGGAAAACAGAAGGACGAAAACAACAUCAGAACACAUGACUCCUGGAAAUAGAAAAGUAGAUAGGAAAUGGCAUUCGGUCUCUGUGGAUCGUUCAAAGCCUUCAUCAGCUUCUGGAAACAACACACGUUCCCCAAUCGUAUCAUCUUCCUUUAGCUUCAAGAGUGACGAAAGAGCGGCAAAACGGAAGGAGUAUUUUCUAAAGCUGGAAGAGAAAUUCAAUGCUAAGGAGGAACAAAAAGUACGACUUCAAGCAAAAAAUAAGGAAAAAGCGGAAAAUGAACUUAGGAAACUACGUCAAAGCCUUGGUUUCAAGGCCAAGCCAAUGCCAGAUUUUUUUUGCGAAACAGAAACAAAGAAUCAGAUUCCUUUGACACGGCCUAAGUCUCCCAAACUUGGAAGGAGGACCAAACCUGGUGGGGUUCAGGAGACAAGCCCUCUACCACCUCCAAGAUCUCUAGUCAAGAAUGAUGGCUCCAAGCCUGUUGUGGAGAAGAAUAACCGAAUGCUAAAUUGUUCUCUCAGUUCAUUCCCAAAAAAGAAUACACAUGAGAAUACUUCACCAAAUAUCCAGCAUUAAGCAUACAAGUCCUUUUGCAUUUAUAUUAUGUUGCCUUCAUUGGUUGGGAGUUCCAGAUGUGGUUGACAACAGCUCUCUGCAUUUCGGGUAGCAGUUUUGUAUGUUUGCAUUUGUGUAUUCACUAGUAUGUUGUCUCAAUUGUUUCUUUAUUGAGGCAUUGUAGAACAGAGACAAUAGACUCCUACAACCAUGGCAAUCACCUGUAUGUUCCUACUAAAGGUUGUCUGUAUAUGUUCUAGUUCUUGGUUGUUAUGCAUCCUAUGUAUGAUGGUUUUGUUUUACUGUCUGCAAAUUGUUCAGGAAAUUAGUACUACAGACAUGUCAAACACCUUUAUUUUCCUCCUA